AGUUUGUUUUUCUACACCAGGUAUCCUGCACCAGGUAUCCCACACCACGUAUCCGUGACCAGGUAUCCUGCGCCAGGUAUCCGUGACAGCGUGCCAAGAUGGAGUUUGUGGAGUUUAUCAAGACCCCCAUGGUGAACUCGGUGACUGUGCACCGACCUUUCACCCCCAACAUGGAGGGUACGCUGUGUGUCACCGGACACCAUCUCAUCAUCUCCUCUCGCAGUGAGAAUCACGAGGAACUCUGGCUCCUUCACAACAACAUAGACAGCGUAGAGAAGAAACUAGUGGGCAGUGGGGGGAUCCUUACCCUCAAGUGCAAAGAUUUCCUCAUCCUGUACCUGGAGAUUCCGUCUGCGGAGGACUGCAUCAACAUCGCCUCGUCGGUGGAGGCGCUCUCCAACAUUG